AUGAGCACCACCAGCGCCACUAAGAAGAUACUGACCUCGGACAGCCACCCGCUCAAGGUGGACUAUGUAGCCGACCUGCCCACCCAGGGCAAGCUCGGGAUGACCUUCGCGCCGGGCAAGUUCCAGGAGAACACCCCUACGGGCAACGUCUGGCAUCGCGACGUGGCCACCGACGUACGGGUGCUGCGGGAGACGCACGGGACCGACGUGCUGGUGUCCCUGCUGGAAGACUUUGAGUACUCGCACAUGCAGAUCGAGCACCUCUUCGCGACGUGCCGGGAACACGGCAUCGAAGUCAUCCACUACCCCAUCGUCGAUGGAGAGACGCCGGUGUCGCUGGAAGACACCCACGCCGUGGUGAGCAAGAUGCAGGCCCACCUCGAAGCCGGCCGUAACGUCGUCGUGCACUGCAAGGCUGGCUUGGGCCGCACCGGGCUCAUAACCGGCUGUUGCCUGAAGGCGCUCGGGGUGUCGGGAGAGGAGGCCCUGGAGCGCGUGCAGCUGGCGCGAAACGGGACGUGCUAUCAGACCAAUCAGCAGCACUACCUGCUCCACUCCUUCCUCCCCGCCGUGCCAGCUGACCGCCAGAAUGCCUGA